AUGCGGAAAAGGUAUCUUCAGGGGAAAAAAAUACUGAACAGUGACUUGACUGUGUCACAUCUGUUCUAUGCAGACAAUGCACUCUUCAUGGGCGAUUGGAGUCAAGAGAACAUCAAGAACCUUGCUGGAAUACUUCGAUGCUUCCAUGUAUCAUCUGGGCUCAAAGUCAACUUUAAAAAGUCACAAGUUUUUGGAAUUGGAGUUGACUCGCAAGAAGUCCUAUCUCUUGCUAGACCUCUAGGAUGUGAACCUGCAAAUCUUCCUUUCACUUACUUAGGGGUUCCAGUUGGGGCGAACAUGAAGUUAAAAAAAUAUUGGAAACCAGUGAUUGAAAAUUUUCAAUUAAGACUAAGCGCUUGGAAAUCAAAAAAUCUGUCCCUAGGGGGGCGUCUAACUCUUACUAAAUCUGUCAUUGGUAGCCUCCCAACAUUCUAUUUCUCUCUGUUUAUUGCUCCCGCAGGUAUCCUAAAGGCUCUGGAAAAAAUAAGAAGACGAUUUCUAUGGGGUGGGUCGGAGGAUUCAAGGAAGAUCAAUUGGGUCUCAUGGGGAAAGGUGACAACACCCAAAGAAAAUGGCGGUCUGGGAUUGGGUUCGUUAAAGGCUCUCAACCUUUCUCUAAUAAUGAAAUGGUGGUGGAGGCUGAGAGUUGAAAACACGUGCCUAUGGAGUAAAGUCAUUGAAGGUAUCCAUAAUCUUAAAAAUAAGCCAGGAGACUAUAUGUCUAAGCAAUCAAUUACGGGGGUAUGGAAGAACAUAACUCAAGCCCGAGGAGAGCUGAUGAAAGUUGGAAUUAAUAUAGAAGAUGUAAUUCUAAAGGAGGUUGGUACAGGAGAAAAAACAAUGUUUUGGCAUGACAGGUGGACUGGAAAUAUGACCUUAAAAGCUUCCUUCCCUGAAAUGUACAAACUGGAGCGACACAAACACUGCAUGGUCAACGAAAGGAUUCGCCCUGGAGGCUUGGUUUGGAACUGGAAGGCUUCUAUCACCUCACCUGAGCAGAUUCGUGAAGCCGAAUUGCUUCUUAAUAGGGUGAGUAAUAUUCAAUUAGGGACAAGAAAUGAUAAGUAG